CUCCUAGAGAAGCACAAUGCUUCCUGGACUGUACGAGCCUAGUGAGCCUACACCUGCUUGUAGACCCUGGAGCAAGCCAGGCUGGGGAACUCCAUUCAGCAGCAGGCAUGUUGCUGCCGUCCAGGCCCAGAGCAUGUGAUGAGAGUUUGUGCACGUGUUCGAUGCUGGUCAGAGAGUGGGCAAGGAAACAAAGCUGACUUGUUAAUUCCUUGCGAUCUCAGUGUCCCGGCCACUAGCACUUGCAAACUGAGCUGCUGUCCGGGGAUGAUGAUUGACAGCUGUUGACUCUGGGUUUGCUCAUCUCAGCAGUUUGAAAGCGCUUUGGUUGCCCGCUGAAUUGUGGGCCUGGUGUACAUGUUUAACCUCAUCGUGGGCACAGGUGCGCUCACCAUGCCCAAGGCUUUUGCCACCGCGGGGUGGCUCGUCAGCUUGGUCCUGCUGGUGUUCCUGGGCUUCAUGAGCUUUGUGACAACUACCUUCGUGGUAGAGGCCAUGGCAGCAGCCAAUGCUCAGCUCCGCUGGAAGAGGAUGGAAAACCACCAGGAGGAAGAAGAUGAUGACUCCUCCACAGCCUCCGACAGUGAUGUCCUUGUCCAGGACAACUAUGAGCGGGCAGAGAAACGGCCCAUCCUGUCAGUGCAGAGACGUGGAUCUCUGAACCUUUUUGAAAUCACAGACCGGGUGGAAAUGGGACAGAUGGCCUGUAUGUUCUUCAAUAAAGCAGCGCCACUGGCAACGAGUCCUGCGGUGUGGAGGCUGACACCAAGCACAACGACACCGACCCCUGCUGGGGGCCCCUGCGCCGUGUGGACGCCUACCGCAUCUACCUGGUGGACAGAUGCUGCUGGGUCACCGGCAGCCCAGCAGGCACCGGCCAAGCAGAGCCGGGAGCGCAGAUGGCACAACGGAGCUCAUCCUGGCUGGAGGCUCGGCUACAAACCGAUGGCUGUCUUCACUCUUCUCCUUGGACCCUUCACCUUCUUUGACGUCCAGAAGACCAAGUACCUGCAGAUCCUGACCUCCCUGAUGAGAUGGGUUGCUUUCGCCAUCAUGAUCGUGCUGGCCCUGGUCCGCAUCGGGCACGGGCACAGGGAGGGCCACCCGCCCCUGGCCGACCUCUCCGGGGUCCGGAACCUGUUCGGCGUGUGCGUCUACUCCUUCAUGUGCCAGCACUCCCUGCCGUCCCUCAUCACACCUGUCUCCUCCAAGCGCCACCUCACGCGCCUGGUCUUCCUGGACUACGUGCUGAUCCUCUCCUUCUACGGCCUCCUGUGCUUCACCGCCAUCUUCUGCUUCCGCGGCGACAGCCUCAUGGACAUGUACACCCUCAACUUCGCGCGCUGUGACGUCGUGAGCGUGGCCGCCGUGCGCUUCUUCCUGGGCCUCUUCCCCGUCUUCACCAUCAGCACCAACUUCCCCAUCAUCGCCGUGACCCUGCGCAACAACUGGAAGACGCUCUUCCACCGUGAGGGGGGCACGUACCCCUGGGUGGUGGACCGCGUGGUGUUCCCCACCAUCACCCUGCUGCCCCCCGUGCUGGUGGCCUUCUGCACCCAUGACCUGGAGUCCCUGGUGGGCAUCACGGGGGCCUACGCAGGCACGGGCAUCCAGUACGUCAUCCCCGCCUUCCUGGUGUACCACUGCCGCAAGGACACCCAGUUGACCUUGGGCUACGGGACCGUCAACAAGCACAGGUCCCCUUUCCGCCACACCUUCUGGGUGGGCUUCGUGCUGCUCUGGGCUUUCUCCUGCUUCUUCUUCGUCACCGCCAACAUUGUCCUCAGCGAGACCAAGGUCUGAUGGCGGAACAUGUCUGGUGUUAAGAGAGGUGGGGGCUGCACUCUGGCCCCCCGAUUCACCUUCCCGCCUGCAGAGCCAAGAUCUAGUUCCUUCCCAGGGUUCCUGGGGGCAGGCGAGACCGGACUCUGGGAGGAGGCCCUCCACACCUCCAGCUGGAGGUCUUCUCCCCGGCCAGGAUUCCGCACCGCGCCUCCCUCGCCGGGCGGCCCUCCUCCCAAGCCCUCCUGCGUGGGGCUGCCCCUGGCCAGCCAGGCUGCACGACCCGGGCACGCAGCUGCCCGGAUUCCAGGCUCGGCUUCUGCUUGACGCACAGGCCCCACCACGACAACCAUGGGGGCAGGCUCCUCCCCCGCACGGUGGGGACGCAGUGCUGGCACUGCCACUAUUUAUACCAGACACCAUGUCCCCUUCUCCUUUGUCUCAGUCCCUCCUGCAUCUGUGUCUGGGGAAUCUGCUCCACUAGUAGCUGCUGCCUCAGGGCGAGUCCCAGGCCCUAACCCUCCUCCCCUGGGGCUUGCCAGUGACAGGCAGGUCCCACCUUCCCCUCAGGCCUGGAGUGGCCAGGUGCCACGCCCAGGGGGACGGGUGUGUUUCCAGCCCCCACAACAAGAACAGGAAGUGCUAAUCGGCACCAGGGUCCCCGGACUACAGCUGAAUGGGGCCCUUGGCUGUGGCUGCCAGCGCCCAUCCUGAGCUCCUGAGCCCGUGAGGACUCGGAGCCACAGGCAGGAGCACUCCUUCCUUGGCAUACAGCAGCCCGGGAGACCAUUUAAAGCCCAGAGCCUGUGACCCCUCAGAGGGAUCCUCUUCUCUCCUGACUGCCGCACUGAGGCGCACAGGGGCUCCUGCGUGAUGGGGGGUGGUGUAUAAGGACCACUAAAGGGAGCCACCCCGAGCCACCAUCGCGGUGGCCUGAUAGCACCACAGACAUGUAGUGGUGCACAGGCUCUGCUUCCAACCCUAUAAGAGGUCAGGCCUGUGGGGCGGCAGCAGGCUUGGCUGACCCUGCUCCCGCUCCAGUACUAAGGGUGGCUCCCUUUUGAGCCAGGCUGUGGGUGCUCUGUUCAUACUUUCCAUGACCCUUGGGUGCCGUGGAGCGAGAUAGGGCACCAGCCACCAUUCUCAUGGAAGGAGGCGAGGGUUUCUGGUCACCUCACCAGCUCUUCCGUCGUCCCAUCCCUGUCACAAUCAUGCAUGCGUCUGCUGGGCCAGCCUUCUUGGGAAACACAGGUGACUGGGGAACUCUGCAUUUUCAAUGUGCCUUCUGCUUCAGGACCUGGGAGUCCUUCCUGACCCUUCCUGGCGUGCCCCCAGCCCUGGGCCUGGCCCACCUGUCCUGGAGCCCAGAGCAGCUUGACCCAGAGCUGCCUGUCUGGGGUGGGGUCUCAGUUCCCAACCCCCCCCACACACACUUUGAUUUCAGUGCCUUGCUCAGCCCACGUUCGGGAACCUUCCAGCCUCCCCUGCAUGGCCUGGUAUUCGUACCUUGGACAGAGCAACCACGCUGGCUCUCCUGGGGCCCCUGAUGGUCUCGGAGGGAGUGGGAGGAAGGCCUGGGAUUUGUAGGAACUGGGCAGUCCACAGGCGGUGCCACCCCUAGCCCUGGCUGCCCCGGCCUGUGAGAACCCCAGGUCGUACGUGAUUGGCCGUGGUCUGCUUUCUCACUGCUGUCACACAUCUCUUUAUCCAUCCCCAAGUAUUGUGAUUUUUCCAUCCAUGUGAAAAAUAGACCACCCCUCCCCAUCUUCCACCGCGGCUUCUUCCCAGGAGACCCCACCCCGGUGGGCAGAGCAGGGAGGGCUCCUGGAUAGCAGACACUCCAUGGCUCCAGCCCUACCUGGAGCUGCCCAGCUGUUUGCUGAAAACUCAAAACAUCUGUACUUAUUACCCUCCUCUAGUUACAUCCCCUCUUGCUUAAGGACAAAGCAAAUUAAAUCAUCUUGCUGCCCCAGGCUCCAAACCAAAUAUUGGCUGCGAAUUUAUUAGCAUCAUAAAGCCCAGGUUGAUUUAUGUGACAAUCUGGAGCCACAUGGCAGUGCAGUCGGGUGGCUCCAUUCCCCUCCUCCAAGCCAGGCAGCCCCGGGGCCUGGAGGGAGGGAAUUGGCCCCAGGUGGCCGCAUCGCUGAUGGCUACAGUGAGCCAGGCCACUCCCCACUGCCACUGUCUGGGCUCCUUUGCUCUUCAGUGUUCACCUGCUGUCUGACCUGCUGGAGGUCGGAUGGGGUCACGUUCCGCUCUCCUGCUGAUAGCCAGGGGGACUCAGGGCGAGGGGGGGGGCUGCCAACAGCUAGACAGACCCCCGAUGAUGCUUGUUCACCAAGUGCAUGGUGAACCAGGCUUGGCUGCAAGUGCUUACACCAGUGUGGUGAGGUGGGCGAGUUGGAUCGUGAUUCCUGUUUUACAUCUGGGCCUCCCAGGGUCAAUGGCAGGGAGGGCAGAGGAGACUGCCAGCCCGACCUGGCCCUCGUACAGGUGUCACUGUGGAGGAGCACAUAAACUCAACAGCCUCUACCCCAUGCCUUUCACCCAGCCUGGCCCCAAGGGCAGGCUAGGCCACGGUGGGAAUUGCAUUCCCUCUGGUCGUGGUGCCACCAGCUCCUGCCCCUACGGCCAGAGAGGCGGCUGCAGGCUUAUGGUUGGGGCAGAUGGCAGGUGACAGAGCUGCGAGGCACUGCUGAGUGGUGGAAGGUGGGCAGCGGGCACCUCGCCAGGCCCUUAGCUACACAGCUGUUCUCACCACCUGGGGGCCGGAGCAGCCUGGGCCUCAAGCAGGCUGAAGUCACGGUGGGGACGAGCCCAGCAGGGCCAGGCCCUCGGGCCGUGUGCCCACAGAUUCCCUGGGGAAGGGCUGACCCCAGCCUGGCCAUGCUCACAGCCACUGCAAAGCUGUUCUUCUGAAAGCGAGAUCCAGGACUGCAGGAGAGGGCUUUGCACACCUUCUCCCACAGGGCUGGGGUUCUCAGUGUUGGUGGGAGAAAGAAUAGCAGCCCCCCGAGUGCCUGGUCUGUGCUGGACACGGUACUGGCUGCUGUCCGCAUGAACCUUGGCAUCAUUUGGGGAUUGGGAACGUGGACCGAGACGUCAGACCUGCCCCUUGCAGGCGGCGAGCCUCCACGCUCCUCCCCGUCAUUCGUAACGUGGAGGUGAUAGUGCCAGCACCGCUGACCGGUUGUGGGACCUUCAGUGCUGAGCUUAGUGCCUGGCACAGAAGUGCUCCAUAAAGCUAUUACGUACGGACACUCGGCUGUCUUGUCACUUGCCGGCCAUAUAGCUGCGCUCAUAGCCACAGACCCCAGAUUCACCGAAGACCCCGGGAUGGGUCCCCAGGCACCUGCUGGCUUCCUAGCCUCCCGAUGCAUUGUCUUGGGUCAACUGCCUGCUACAAUUCAGAGACGGGAAACUGGGCUGAAUUCUUCGGGGUCUAGAGGGCGAAAGUGGUCUGUCCCUGCUCCAGGGAACUUAAGGACCCUUUCAAAGAGCCAAACUGAGGCGUGGCUGGAGAGUUCUGGAGCCGGGACGGAAGCCCAGGUAUGCUGACCGAGGCCAUCAUGCCCGCCCGUGGCUCAGCUCCGUGCCCCUUGCCUGCUAGCAGCCCCUGGAAAGAGGUGGUGUGGACGAUGAGCCGCUCCGUGAAGCCAGUCGAGGAAACAGCCACGCAGCAGCAGGGUAAGAAAAGUUCCUGCUGCUGAGACAGGUGACCGAGAGCCUCCCUUUUCUUGAAGGCAUCUCAGCAAAAGCAGCAGCCACGUCUGGGUGUCUGGUGUCUGGGUGGAUCCAGCUGGCUCUCUGCUCCGCAGUUGGGCCCUGUUCAUGAUGACUGAUCUGCGGCCCUGCGACAAGGCUCCCUCCUCCACCCCCCCCCCCAGGCUUUCUGCCCUCCUCCUGGAUGGCGCAGGGGGCGCCAGGGCUCUGAGCAGGAGGCUGGGGAGCCAGGCCAAGCAAGCUCUGAACCUGCAGGAGGCGCCCUCCCUGCCUCCACUUCCCACGGGGCUCACCUCUCCCCAGAACACAUUCCUAGAGCAGGGACGAGGCAGCCAAGAGCCUGGCUCCAGGAGCAGGAUUGGCCCUUCCUCGGAGCCAGUCAGCAGCAGGCUCAGCUCCACAUUUGGCUUUUAAUUAUCUUUCCAGUUCUUGGUUAUUAAUGAUCUUGGGCAGAGAGCGGAGAGCAGCCUGGACCUCAAGACUCCUCCCAGCUUACCUGCUGCAGAGCUAAGCUCAGAUUCCGGGAGCUGGAGGGGUCAGGUCCAGGGGCUGGCAGCCAACAGUUAACUCUCUCACCACCUGUGGUUGUUGUCAAGGUCAACUCCCUCCCAGGGCACUGGCCUCGUGCACUCACCUAGACCCACAUUACCACCUGUGGCUGAGACCUGGCUCCGUGAAAAUCCAUAGUGGAGAGGACAUGACAUUGACUGUAAUGGGCUGGGGCCACGCAUUCCUGGCAUAGUCCAGCUCUCCAGUCAGGCACAGAGCAGUGUUAGAAGUUCCCCCCACUCCAGGGGCGCCUGGGUGGCACAGUUGGUUAAGCCUCUCAGUCUUGGUUUUGGCUCAGGUCAUCUCAGGGUCAGGGGAUCGAGCCCCGCAUCAGGCUCUGCACUCAGGGAAGAGUCUGCUAAAGUUUCUCUCUCUCUGCCUCUCUCUGAUCUCUCUCUCUAAUCUAAUAAAUCUUAAAAAAAAAAAUUUCUGGGGCACCUGCCUUGCUCAGAUGGUUAAGUGUCUGCCUUCAACUCCGGUCAUGAUCUCCAUGUCCCGGAAUCAAAACCUGUGUUGGGCUCCUGGCUCAGCAGGGAGUCUGUUUCUCCCUCUCUUUCCUGCUCGGGUUCGUUCUCUCUCUCUCUCUCUCUC